CUAUGUUGAUGAUUAAUAACUACUAUGUAACAAAUCCAUACUCGAUUAAAAUUUUUUUAAAUAAUCCUUUUUUUAAUAAUUAUUUAUAAUAUAAAUUAAUGAUACCUGUGCAUAUUUUAAUAAUAACAAUUUUUAUUGUUGAUCAUUUAACUGAUAAAUACUCGUGACUUGCAUUACUUUUAACAUUAGCUAGACUAAGCGUCUAGACAACAAUGUCAACCUUUUACAAUCAACCGUUUGUAAGAGACAUUGUUUCUGCUUUUGAAUCUUCUCAAAAUCAAUCGUGGUCUACAUUUAAUGACAAACUAGGAAAUACUCCUAUCAAAGAUUGUAAGAAAAAAGAUUUUUUAAAGUCUGAAAACCCUAUAGAGUUAUCAAAUGAAGAUGUUCCAGUGUUUGGACUAAUUCCUCGUCUUGAAAACUUGGUGCUUGUUACUUGUAAUAUAUGUUCAAUGGUUGUUAAAAGAGAUUGUCUACAUUUUCAUUUUAAUCAUCGUCAUAAUAAUCUUCAAAAUGACAACUUUACAUUGGAACAAUUUCUUUUACCUAAUAUUAAAGUAAAUAGAUUGAAAAAACCUAAAUUAAAUGGCCGUAAAAUUCGGGGAAAGAAACUUGUAGAUGGAGAUAGUCUUGACUCUAUUGUACAAGAUAUAAAAUCAGACUAUAAUCGGUUAGAUUUUAUAGGCAUAACAGAUUUAAAAGAGGAGAAGAAUGAAAGAGUAAUUGAAGUCCCAUAUGAGAAUGAAUGUGAUAUUGAUAUGACUAUUAAGAGUUAUAAUCCUAAUACUGACUGUGGUGUUCUUGAUUGGUCUUUAAAGCCUUGCACUCAAAGUUUAGCUCAUUGCACUGAUCAUAAAGUAAAAGAUCGAAUGGCUGUUACUGGACGAGAUAAAGACUUUGAUAAAUUAUUAGCUGAAUCUUUAGGCAUUGCAUCUGAAACAAAAUUUUAUACAAACAAUAAUUAUCUUAAUAUUGUUAAUGAUGAAAUUAAUGAAAAUUCUGUAUCUAGCUUUAUACCAGUAAGUUCUAAUACUCGAAUAGUAAAUAAUACACUUACACCUUCAUCAAUUGAUGACUUUAAAUAUGAAUUUGAUGAUGAUAGUUUAUGGAAUUUUGAUGUAGUAUCAAAAUUUAAUUCAUUUCCUUGGAGUCCAGAUAGUAAAAAUGAAGAUUCAACUAAUAGUCUGACAUCAUUUAGUAAUGAAAAGAAUAGUAAGAUCACAAGCGACUGUGAAACGUCAACUAAACUAUCAUCACUAGAACGGAAAAAAAAAUAUGUAUUACCUUUUUAUAAUGGUAGACAUUUUGUUCAAAACUCACAAAUUGAUCUAAAUAAAAAAAAUGAAUUAUCUUUCAUGAAUAAUAAGCAUUUUUUAUGCAAAGCUCGAUUAAAAGAAGCACUGGAUAAUAAAAAGUUAACUAAUAAAAAAUUUUCAAAAAUUUCACAGAAAAAUAAUUUAGAAACUAUGAUGAACAAAUUAUUAUCCAAACAAAAUGAUUUGAGAGUUUUUUCUGACAAAGAAAAUUGCAAUCGUUGGAUAACAGAUUAUAAUGGUUUUAAAAAAAUAAAGAGAGCUGAAUUUGUAAUUAGAAAAAUUCCAUGUUCUGAUGAUUCUGAUUCAAAUGAUAUGGAUGAAUGAUAUCUAUAUUAGAAUUUUAUAAAUAUGUUCUUUUCAUUAGAUCUUAUGAAAUUAUUUUCUUAUUUGUUCCUAAUUUUAUCAUUAUCAUUUUGUUAGACUAGAAAAUAUAGGUUGCCU